AUGCACCAUACCCAGAUGGGAGCCCACACUGUUCUUAGAGGGGAGCAGGAAGUGAUGACUGAUAAAGCAGAGGAGUCUGCUGUUGUGCCCGAAAGCCAAACGAAACGUCCUGGGAAACCCAUCACUCCUCCUCCGUCUAAGAAAAUGCAGAGGAUGGCACUGCUGUCAGUGAAAGAGGAAGGAGAGGGAACAUCCCACCCCGGGGGCUCAGCCAUGACCUUGGAAGAUGGUGAGGAUGCCUGUCCUACCCUCCCGUUCCUGACCUCACCCACGGAAGCCCUGUCUCUGGGCCCUCCACGCCACGGGAGCAUUUCCCAUCAAGUUGACCCCAAGGUCACGGCAAUGUCUUUGUCGGGAGAUGUGCCAGAUAAACUGCCAAUACCAAUAGUGAUCAAUAUGGAAGUCAAAGAGAAGUUGAAGAAGGAAAUUCGAGAGUUUGGAGGACAAUAUGAAAAAAUCCUCAAAUUGCUUGAAGGAGUACAAGGACCUCCAGAACUGCAGAGAAAGUUCGUGAUAUAUGCCAUGAAGCAAGCAGCAAAAGUCCAAAGACAAGACCUAAUCGGUCACCUUCAGGAGGUACUAGACAAACUAGAAUUGGACCACUUUCUCAAGAAAGAUACUCACACCCACAACUUAUAA